AUGGGUUCACAAGGCAGUAAAAUCGAUUUCCGUCAAGCGGUUAUUGAUCUCACUUCCAAGAAAGGAAAGCAGGAUGAAGCAUUUUGGGAGCAGUUAUGGUCUCCGGAUAGUGGGCAAGGUGUCAGUGAUAUUUUUGCCAUGAUUCCAGCUGAAGAUGUUCGGAGGUUAAGAGAAGACUAUCCCAAAAAUUUGGCCAGUUUGUUUUACAAAACACUAGAGAAAAUUCAGCACGCAAGAGACACUCCAAGUACUUUGUCCGAAAGAAAGGUUAUUAACUGUGUUAGACUUCUGACUCGUCUUAUCCCCUACAUGUACGAGGAUGCCGAGUGGAGAGGCUAUUUCUGGUCCUCAAUACCAACAUGUGCUUCUUGGUAUUCUCUGUCCGAAGGUGUGGCUUCAUUUUACUAUGGAUGGUGUAUUAGUAUCGGUAAAGUAGAUAAUCUCUCUUUGCUAGAAACUUGUGAGCUUAUCUGGGAAGCUGGUGUUGGAUUUGCAAGCAGACCUGCUUCAAACGCACAAUUUGAUCAAAAUCGUACUGAAAUCCUCAAACUACUGCUUGCAUGCUUGUCAGAAGUCAUUUAUGCUCCAAUAACAGACGAGAAUCGCCUUCGAUGGGUCGCCCACUUCACAUCAGCUGAAAAUCGUCAUGUGCUUCCGUUGUUCACUUCACUACUCAAUGUAGUUUGUGCCUACGACCCAGUCGGGAUUGGUUUGCCCUACAACUAUCUUCUUUUCAAUGAUUCUCGAGAGCCUUUAGUGGAAACGGCACUUCAGGUUUUGAUCGUUUGCCUCGAUAAAGACAGCCAACCAAAAUCUGAUGAUACUGGUUAUUCGGACAAUUAUUUCAUAAAUUAUCUGGGUAGAAUUCAUCGUGAAGAGGACUUUGAUUUUAUGCUGAAGGGGAUAACACGAUUACUAAGUAAUCCUCUGCUCUCCACUUAUCUUCCGAAUUCAGCAAAAAAGAUAAACUUCCACCAGGAGCUACUUGUUUUGCUAUGGAAAUUUUGCGAAUACAACCAGGCAUUCAUGUUCUACGUGCUCAAAACUUCUGAUGUACUUGAGAUUCUUGUGCCAAUUCUCUUUUAUAUUACUGAGUCAAGAAGUGAUCCAACACGUGUAGGUCUUGUUCACAUGGGUGUGUUUCUGAUACUUCUGCUUAGUGGUGAGCGGAAUUUUGGUGUACGUCUCAAUAAACCCUAUGUCGCGAGGGCAGCGAUAGAUGUGCAAUCCUUUACUGGGACUCAUGCCGAUCUCUUAAUUAUUGUUUUUCAUAAGUUAAUCACAACAGGAAAUCACCGUCUUCAAUCACUAUUUGACUGCCUUCUUACUAUAAUUGUAAAUGUAUCUCCCUACCUCAAGUCGCUUUCUAUGGUGGCUGCAAAUAAGCUCCUUCAUCUUGUGGAAGCGUUCUCAACGCCGUGGUUUCUGUUUUCGUCUCCUACGAACCAUCACCUUGUGUUCUUUCUGCUUGAAGUCUUCAAUAAUAUUAUUCAGUAUCAGUUUGAUGGGAACUCAAAUCUCAUCUACACCAUCAUCCGUAAGCGUCAGGUCUUUUAUCAGCUGGCAAAUCUUCCAACGGACGCAGCUUCCAUAUCGAAGUCACUCCUUGGUCGAAAAGGCAAAGCUAGAGAAGAAAUAAUUGACCAGCUGAAGAGCCCCACGGCUCAUGUGCCACCAGAAACCCAUGCUGGUAUGUUCGUUUAA